CGUUUCUGUAGUUUCUCAAAUUCCAGCCGAGAUGAAAGCGAGCACAACGAACUAGGAAAAAGGCAGCGCAAGAAGCAUCGCCGGAGUAGCACCGGAGAGAUUAGCGAUGGCAAGUUUCUGGAGAGCAGUUAUGGGAUCAUCGACGGAACCGGAUGCCCUUGCUGACGGCGUGGAAUUCUGGUCGAAUCCGGAGCGCGGGGGGUGGCUCACGAAGCAGGGCGAGUACAUCAAGACGUGGAGGCGGCGCUGGUUCGUUCUGAAGCAGGGGAAGCUAUUCUGGUUCAAGGAUCACGUUGUCAACCGCUCUUCCGUCCCUCGCGGCGUCAUCCCCGUGGCUUCAUGCCUCACCGUCAAGGGCGCCGAAGAUGUUAUCAAUCGGCAGUUUGCCUUUGAGCUCUCGACCCACCGGGAGACGAUGUACUUCAUCGCUGAUUCGGAGAAGGAGAAGGAGGAGUGGAUCAAUUCUAUCGGUCGCUCCAUCGUCCAACACUCCCGUUCCAUCACCGAUCGCGAAGUCGUUGAUUAUGAUAGCGCCCGCGCCGCAGAAGCAUCCAGAAAUGAGUAGAUCUGACCGUAUUAGCAUGAAUCAAUCCCUAUUUUUGUACUAGGUGAGCCUCUUAUCCGAUUAUAGGCUUCUACCUAGGGUUUCCUUUCUUCCCCUUGUCACGCGACUGUUUGAAUUCUCCUUGGUGUUACUGCUGCUUUUGGUGUUGUGUUGUGUGUAUAUGAGUUCUAAGAAUUUUAGUUUUGCCUUUAUUUUCGUGAAGACUCUCUUUGGGAGCUGUUCUUAUGAGUUAAGAGUGUAUACAUCUUGUCUAACUGGAUCAUUUUUUUCUGAAUUUCUUUUGCUUAUUCUCUCAAUAAAAUAUCCUAUCAGUGAUUAUGAUCGUGUA